AUGCGGCUGUAUAGCUUCUCUCUAUGGUUCUUUGCUCUCGUUGUAGGCUCUGUAUCGGCCCGGGUUUCGGAUUCUGAAACUUUCAAGAAUACAUUCAAUCUUCAAGAACAUCUGGGCAGUCUAAGCAUUUACCAUGAACCAUAUUUCGCUGGCUUAAGUUCAAAGUUUCCGGAAUCUUGCGAAAUUCGCCAACUUCAUAUUUUGCAACGCCAUGGUUCACGAAAUCCAACUGCGGGCGACAGUAUUACCAAUGCUGGUUACCUUGCUCAAGUUCAGGACCAACUUAUCAAUGGGACUUUCCCAAUCAACUAUACAGUUCCUGGUAACCCCUUUCAGUUUAUCAAAUCCUGGGUCCCAGUCAUCAAUCCCAGCAAUGCUGAUAAGCUUUCCAGCAGUGGCCGUUUGGAAUUGUUUGAAAUGGGCCGUGAAAUUUUUUCUCGAUACAACAAAUUGUUCGAUAGCGAUGUUUACGAAAUCAAUACGGCUGCUCAAGAUCGUGUCGUCGAGUCUGCAACGUGGUACACCUAUGGCAUGUUUGGAGAAGAAAUGGCAAACAAGACUAAAUACAUUUACCUUGCUGAGGACGAGACAGCUGGCGCUAACACUCUUUCUGGUCACAAGGCUUGCAAUGUCUACAAUGAAAAGAAGAUCAACCAAAAAAAAACCAAACAUGUUCUUUCCGAAUGGGAAGAGAUUUUUUUGUCUCCUAUUAAAACACGUCUCAACCCUUACUUUUCAGAUUAUAAUCUCACGAAUGAUGAUGUUAGAAGCUUUUUCUACUUAUGUGCCUUUGAGGUCGCUUUGAAGGAUGAAAGUGACUUUUGUUCUCUUUUCACUCCUUCUGAGGUUAUCAAUUUUGAAUACGAUUAUGACCUUAAAUUCUCCUUUCAUACCGGUCCUGCUUCUGAAUGGUCAUCCAUUAUGGGCGGUGCUUAUAUCCACAAUUUAGCUGAAUCUCUUCGUUCCAUCUCUAAUGAAACUAAUCAUCAAAAAACAUUUUUUGCUUUCACCCACGACACUCAUAUUUUUGCUGUUGAGACUGCACUUGGUUUCUUCCCUGAUAUCACACAUGAAAACCCUCUACCGGCUACUUUUAAUCCUUAUACUUAUUCUGCUAAAACUUCUUCAUUCGUUCCUUUUGCUGGAAACCUAAUCACUGAGCUUUUCCAAUGCCAAGACCAAAAGUAUUAUGUUCGACACCUUGUUAACCAGCAAGUAUUUCCUUUAACUGACUGUGGUUAUGGCCCAUCUCAUUCUUCAGAUGGUAUGUGUGAGCUUUCUGCUUAUCUUAAUUCUCCCGUUCGUGUUAAUUCUACUAAUAACGGUACCAACAUCUUUAAUGCUGCAUGCGAAGCACAGCCUACCAAUGUUACAGUUCACUACUAG